AGUCAAGGUUAGCGCAUGUGGGAAGUGCUCUUGUAAGGGAAACCACUCCAACGCUUUGGAAGUGAAAGGGAGGUUUCCUUGCAGGCAGUGUUUGCAUAUCAGAGUUCAGCUACGAGAAGCAAGAGCAGCUGAGACUUGGAAUUCUAUCACUGGACGCAGCAUAAUGACUGAGAGAAAAGGGAAAAUUCAAACGGUGAGCGGCCUCAUCGAUCCUUUUCUACUAGGAAUCACUCUGACCCAUGAGCACUUAGCACUGAAGGCAGAAAGCUUUUUGAUUCCUCCAGCAAAUAAUGUUCAGCAGCAAAAAAUGCAGAUGCCUUUUGAGAUGAAGAAUCUUGGAUGGAUCCGUCAAAAUCCAUACAGCCAUCUAGAAAACCUCAGCCUUCAAGGAGAAGAUGAGGCAAUAAUUGAAGAAAUGAAAGAGUACAAGGCACUUGGGGGCCAAGCAGUAGUGGAAAACACAACAACUGGUCUAAGUCGAGAUGUGGGGUUUCUGAAGCUGGUAUCUGAUGUAUCCGGGGUUCACAUUAUUUCAGGCACAGGUUUUUAUGCUGAGAGCUUUCAGAGUGAAUCGGUAAGACAGCUGUCAGAAGAGGCCAUGUCUGAAGUGAUGAGACAAGAAAUUACAAAUGGUGUUGAGAACACUGACAUCAAGUGUGGUGUUAUUGGAGAAGUGGGGUGCAGCUGGCCUCUCACAGAGUUUGAGAAAAGAUCCCUGAGAGCAAGCGCUGCUGUUCAGGUGGAGCUUGGGAGUCCAGCCAUUAUUCACCCUGGACGUAAUUCCCAGGCCCCUUUUGAGAUAAUGCGCAUUUUCCUCGAGGCUGGUGGGCAGGCCAAUAGAACAGUCAUGUCACACCUUGACAGGACAAUUUUCAAUUCAGAUGAGCUGCUAGAGUUUGCAAAAUUUGGCUGCUAUUGUGAAUAUGAUUUGUUUGGCAUUGAGACUUCCCACUACCAGCUGCAGCAAGAGAAAGACAUGCCGAAUGAUGCCAAUCGCAUUGCCUUCAUUCGCUUUCUGGUUGAAGGUGGCUAUGGUGACCGUGUAGUUGUGGCCCAUGAUCUGCAUACAAAGCAUCGCCUUAAGAAAUAUGGAGGUCAUGGUUACACUCACAUAUUGGAGAAUGUUGUUCCAAAAAUGCGACAGCGAGGUUUUAACAAUGACACUAUCAACAAAAUCCUAUGUGACAACCCAAGAACAUGGCUUACCUUUCACUGCAUAAUCUGUUUCUCAGUUCUGCAGUUAAAAGACAAGUGACCUCGUGUUUAAUUUUUCCAAAUUUGUUCAUUCACUCAGUCUGUAAGCAGUGUUUUGUUUUGCACGGAGCAAGCACUCGGACGCGAAUCGACGUGGUGUAAGCUUAGAACCGUUUCUGUUAUUUAACA